AGGUGGAGAGGCGGUUCAGUGGGCCUCCGGAGAGUGUGUGUGCUUGUCAGUGUGUGUGUGUGUGUGUGAGCGUGUGUGUGAGUGUGAGUGUGUCUGGCGCAUGUCCAGGGUGAUUUCCCAUAAACCACAUGCUCCACAAGCUUAAAAGGCUGUGCCGAGGAGCUGGCCAGUGAAGCUCGGCUCGGGGAAAGUGAAAGUUUGCCUGGGUUCUCCGCGCCGCCGCAGGUCUCUAAGCACCCCCAGCACAGCGGCGCGGCUCGGCCCCUCGGCCCGGGCGCGGACUCUGCAGCGGCGGCGAGCGAGCGCGGGCGGUCGACGCGCCGGGCCGGGACCCAGCUGCCCGUAUGACCGCGCGGGGCGCCGCCGGGCGCUGCCCUCCGGAGAUAUGGCUGGGCCCCCGGAUGCUGCUGGUCUGUCUCCUGGUGAGCAGGAGUGUUACCAAGGAUACGUCAGACCACUGUAGCCACCUGAUUGGGGACGGCCACCUGGCGCUCCUGCAGAAGCUGAUUGACAGUCAGAUGGAGACUUCGUGCCAAAUUGCCAUUCAGUUUGUAGACCGGGAGCAGUUGAGCGAUCCUGUGUGCUACCUAAAGAAGGCAUUUCUCCUGAUGCAAGACUUAAUGGAGUACACCUUGCGUUUCAAAGACAACACUCCCAAUGCCAUGGCCAUCGUGAAGCUGCAAGAACUCUCUUGGCAGCUGAAGGGCUGUGUCACCAAGGCUCAUGAAGACCAGGAUAAGAACAAGUCCUGUGUCCGCAUCUUCUAUGAGACACCCCUCCAGUUGCUGGAGAAGGUCAAGAAUGUCUUUAAUGAGACAAGGAAUCUCCUAAAAAAGGACUGGAAACUUUUCAGCAAGAACUGCAAUGACAGCUUUGCUAAAUGCUCCAGCCAAGAUGUGGUGACCAAGCCUGAUUGCAACUGCCUGUACCCCAAAACCACCCCUAGCAGUGAGCUGGCUUCUGUAUCCCCUCACCAGCCCCUCGCCCCCUCCACAGCCCCUAUGGCUGGCUUGACCCAGGCUGACUCCGCAGGGACAGAGGGCGGCCCCCUCUUGACCAGGGAGCAGCCCCUUCGCACAGUGGACCCACGCAGUGCCAAGCAGCGACCGCCCAGGAGCACCUGCCAGAGCUUUGAGCCGCCGGAGAAGCCGGGCACAGAGGCCAGCCCCGCCGCCGCUCCACCUCGGCCCCACCUCUCGGUCAGGGUGCCCACCCCUGACGUGGAGGAUGUUCUUGAUUCCGUGUUGGGUACUAACUGGGCCCUAGAAGAGGCCUCUGGAGAGGCUAGUGAGAGUCCUGUGCCCCAAGGGACAGAGGUGUCCCCCUCCGGGCUGGGAGACGGCAGCAUCCAGGCACAGACCGCCGGACCCAGCAGUGCGCUACUCUUGGCACCUUCUCCACAAUCUGGAUCAGCAAAAGGCCAGCCGCCAGCACGUGGAACUGGUUCCUCCUCACCUGGUGAAGGCCCCAACAGGCCCACUGGCCUGGCCCGGAGUCACACCACCGGUUUCUCUGCCCUGCCCGGAGACCCUCAGGACCCAGCCUCUCUCAGGUCCCCAUCCGUGCACUGGCAAGGCCCCAGCAGUGCCCCCACCCGCUCCACUCAGCGAAGGCUUCCCAGAAGGCACUCCUGGGGCAACGUGCUGCCCCUCGGGGAGCUGGAGACCAAGAGGAGCACCAGGGAUCGCAGGAGCCCGACAGAGCCGAAAGGAGGACGAGCAAGUGAGGGGGCGGACAGGCCGCAGGCCCGUUUUAACUCCGUUCCUUUGACUGACACAGGCCAUGAGAGGCAGCACGUGGGACCCUCUGAGCCCCAGCUCCCCGGAUUUGUCUUCCGCCUGCUGGUGCCCAGCAUCAUCCUGGUCUUGCUGGCGGUUGGCGGCCUCCUAUUCUACAGGCGGAGGUGGCGGAGCCAUCGAGAGCACCAGACAGUGGAUUCUCCCAUGGAACAGCCUGAGGGCAGCCCCCUGACCCAGGAGGAGGAUACACAAGUGGAACUGCCAGUGUAGAGGGAAUUCUAAGCUGGGCGCACAGGACAGUCCCUCCACGGGAGGAGAAGUUAUCGGGGCGUCCACCACCACCCCUCCCUGGCCAUUCUCCUGGGACGGUGGCCGGCCCACCACGACAGCACCUGCCUGCCGGGACUGGAACAGGGCAGCCAGGCUGGGUCCCUUUGCCUGCCACCCUCUAGCCUUUGACCAACCGAGAGAGGGCCAGAGGAUGCUUCCCAAGCUACCGAUAUUUAUUGUAGGCCCUGGAGGCUCCCAUCCACUGGAGGAAGGUUGGCAAGCCCGGCUCAGGACCUUCUACCCCUCAGGGCUGUACCCUCCCCACACUCCCCUCCAAGCUGACUCCUGGGCCAAGAACCCAGAGGCCUGUGGGAUGUGGAAGAGCAGGGCGGGGGUGCCGAGGAAUGGAAGAGCCCUGGUGCACAGAGGACCUGCCUGGUGCUGAGGGAUCCCAACAUUGACAAGCAGGGACUUGUCCCCGGAGCGAGGAUUACGAUAUUGGCAGGGCAGGACAGCGUCGGCUGCAUUUCCCGUAAAGGCACGUAGCCCAGAGACUGGAAGAGGAGGCCUCGUGUGCACCGUGUGCACGGAGCAGUUACACCCUCCACUCGCCCCAGGCCAGGCGGGGAGGGGAGGCCAACCCUGCCCUCAGGAACUACCCGGCCUGGCUCUGAGGCCGAGGGGAGGACCAAGCUCUGGCCCCAGCCCCCUUGUCCCCCACCCCACCCCCAGCACCGGCCAGAGCUUCUCCGGGAGGCUGUGCAGAGGCUGCCCUCAUGAAGGAAACCAUUGCACUGUGAACACUGAACCUGCCUGCUGUACAGCCUGCCCCAUCUGUCCCCGUGUGCAAACGUCUGUCCGUCCUCCCUCCCCUCCAGCCUCUCCCCAGUUUCCUGCACUGAGUGCCUGAGCCGGCCUUGCCUGUCGACUGAGGGAGUCCCUGGAGCCCUGACCUUCCCCUGGCCCGGCCGAUGACGCCCUAGGGUGGAGCUGGGUGGGAGAACUUGCCCAGGCCACCAGCCAGAGCUGGUCUUUAGGCUGCGUUUGUUCGCCCAGGUUUCUGCAUCUUGCACUUUGACAUUCCCAAGAGGGAAGUGACUAGUGGGAGCGGGAAAGGGAGGGAGGGGCAGAGAGAUGGAGAGAGGGGCUGCAGGGUGGAGCACUGACUCAAAAUGGGUCUUUGAAAAUAUGGACUCACCCCUAAGGUUAGGGGGAGGUGUCUGUGCCCCCGACCCCCAGGCCAAUCUCCUGCCCCUGCACCCGGCUUCUGCCCCAAUCACAGCCCUAAAGCUGCUGCUGGCAAGCACCUGGGGCUGAGCAAGUGGUCUCUGUCAGUAACCCUGGGGCAGGGCUGUCCCCCAGCUGCCUUGGCAGCUGCUCCCAUCCUCUUCUCACCUUUCUUCCUGACCCCAGUAGGCAGUGGACACCCUCCAGCUUUCACACACCCCUCCCACUACCACCUCCUCUCUGACCAGCACAGCAUUGGGGCAUGCAUGACAUCAGGGUAAGCACCUACUUCCAUCACUGCCUCUGAAGGCCUCAGCCCCCUGGACCCAGCCCAUGGCUGAGGCUCUGAGACCGGGGGCCCCAGGUGACAGGGCUGUUGACUGCCCCUUGGUCCUUUUGUGCUGCUGUGUCCCUGCUCUGCUGCUGCCCCCUACUGAGAGACCCUGUUUUGCCCCACUACUGAACUGGGGCCCAGGGCCUUCCCUUGCCACCCCAGAAAGUGAUGGUCCGCUGGCACCCGCCUCCCUGCCCCGAUGGUGACGGCUAAGGACAGGGCAGCGGAGAACUUUCACUGGGGACUCAUUCUUCUAGUCAUAGACUCUAUAUUUGAUGCUAGAAAAUAUGUAUUUAAAAAUGGAAGCUUGGAAGGGGGACAAAAAAAAGACAGAAAAAAAGGUAUUUACCCCCUUAUGCAUACAGUAUUUUAAAAGUCAGCAAAGCAAAUCCAACCCAUUGCAGCAAGCAAUUGGUGACACAGGAGGAGCAGGAGGGGCCCCAGAGCGUCUUUCUGGGUGUCUCCCGCCUCCCGCUGCCUCACAUAACCCCUCCUUUUCUCUGAGAAAGCCGAGAAGGAACAUUGGCUCACGCACUGUGAGAUUUCGUUUUUAUACUUGGAAGUGGUGAAUUAUUUUAUAUAAAGUCAUUUAAAUAUCUAUUUAAAAAAUAGGAAGCUGCUUAUAUAUUUAAUAAUAAAAGGAGCACACAAGCUGCCA